AUGGCGAAAAUUGUUGCUAGAUGCCACAAGAUUCUGGAGGGUGAAAUCCUUCGUCGCUCCUCACAGAUUGUUUCGGUUGUUGGUGAUCGAGCGUACAUUUUUGGUGGGGAGCUGCGACCGCGCGAGCCUCGAGACAAUGAUAUCCACGCUGUUUCAUUGGGCAGCGGGAAUGCCACAAUUACUUCCGUGCCUGCAACAUCCCAGUCUCCUUCGCCGCGGGUUGGGACUGCCGCUUGUACACUGAACGGGAAGAUCUAUAUGUUCUCUGGCCGAGGCGGUGUCGCGAUGGCACCUAUUGAGGAGCAAGGCACGGUCUGGGAAUUCGACCCUGCGACAGCAAGUUGGUCAUCUAUUUUGCCGGAUGCGAGCGCAAAGGUGUUCCCGGUCGCUCGCAGCUAUCACUGCAUGGCUAGUGACGGGGAAGAUACACUGUACCUCCAUGCGGGCUGCCCCGAAAAGGGAAGGUUAUCGGACCUGUGGGCUUUCAGCCUCUCCCGGCGAGGCUGGACAGAACUGACCCCAGCAUUCGAUCCUCCACGGGGAGGCACUUCGAUCGCCUUUAUAGAUGGCAAGUUGUAUCGGAUGAAUGGGUUCGAUGGGAAUACCGAACAGGGAGGAAGUGUGGACAUUUACUCCCCUCAGACGAAUGCUUGGACCUCGCACGUUUAUUCACCCGAUGGCAAGGCAGGCCCGGCACCGCGAAGUGUGAGUUGUCUGCUGCCGGUUCGUCUGGAAGGCCGGUCAUUCUUAAUCACCUUGUUCGGUGAGCAUGACCCUAGUUCAUUGGGUCACCAAGGAGCGGGAAAGAUGUUGAGUGACGUGUGGGCAUUCGACAUUAGCAGCAAGAAAUGGGAGGAAGUUGUUGUUCAAGGAGAUCAACGUCCUCUCGCACGGGGCUGGUUUGAUGCUGAUGUUGUCGGUACAAAUGCUAUUGUGGUUCACGGUGGGCUAGGGGAAUCAAAUGACCGAUUGGGGGACGUGUGGACUAUCGAACUCUUUUGA